AUGGAUGAAAACGAAUUUGAAUUCAUCGAAAGUAUAAAUGUUUUUGGUGAAGAAAUCCAAUUCCGUAAAGGAAAAUCAAUUCAACUCUUAGAAUAUAAUGUGGAAAAUAAUCAGAUUAUUCUUAAACAACAAGCAUUGGAUAUAAUUGAAAGGAUUAAUGAGCCUGUGGCUAUUAUCGCUGUCGUUGGAUCCUUUCGACGAGGUAAAUCCUGGUUUGCGAAUGUUCUACAUGGACGCCAUGAUGGUUUUGCCCUUGGAGCAGAGGUGGAAGGAUGCACACGAGGUAUUCACAUGUGGGAUACUCCGUUCCUUCAUAAUGGAAAGCGAGUCAUUGUUCUUGACUGUGAAGGCGUCGAUGAACCUCAACAAAGUCAACAAUGGGCAACAAAAUUAUUUAUUUUAUGCCUAGUAAUAUCGUCUUCCUUUAUCUAUAACAUUAAUGGAAUUGUUGGUAAAGCCGAUAUUGGAAAGCUAUUCUUAAUGAGCGAGUUGUCAAGAUAUAUCCACCCACCAAACAACUGUAGAUUCCUUCCAAAUUUGGUGGUGUUGCUUCGUGAUUUCAUGUUAAAGGCUCCUAACGACUUUCGAACUUAUUUUUUGGAAAAAUUAGAUGAAGUGAAUGCUGAAGCCUCCGAUGCAAUAAAAGAACGUUUUGCGGAUUUUGAAGUUUACAGUCUACCAUUUCCUGGAGUUCCCAAAGAAAAACUACAACAUAUGGAUAAAGUAUCUACAUCCGAAUUUGAUCAAGAUUUUAUAGUAGAUGUGAUAGCAGCUGUGAACGGAAUUUUUAACAAUCUCCAGCCAAAAUAUAUAGGAGCAUUUCCAAUGUCUGGUGUCUCUUUUGCAAAAUUUCUUCAAGAAUGUGUUAGGUCAUUGAAUGAUCCAGAAAAUCGUAUUCAAAUAUCAGUACCAGACGAAUAUGAAUCUGUAGUAGAGUAUGUUGCACAAAAGUCCAUGCAACAUUGUAAUAAAAUGUAUCAAAGACUUAUGGAAUCAGAAAUAUUACAACACCAAUUACCCGUGCUUUGGAAGGAUUUUAAUGAAAUGCAUGACAGAGCUUUUAAUGAAGUAAAAACCGAAUUUUUUAAUAGAGUGCUAGGAUCAGCUAGUCAGAUAUGUGAAUUUCAACAAGAAUUCCAUAAAAUGAUUGAAAAGAAUAGACUUAUGUUUCAUGAAAGGAAUUCAACAGUUUUAUAUCAACAUAAUCGUGAUUUGGGAGUGGAACUUUGGAAAACUUAUGUGAAGCACGGACUUACCUUUGAAUCAAUUUUUAAGACUCAAGAGGAUUUCGAAGGUGCUAUUUCAAUAUUCGAACGAGAAAUGUUGGAUAAUAUGUUGGAAGGACCAGAAUUCGAAAGAGUGAUGUCGGAAUUCAAAUCCAAAGAAUAUCAAGAUGCUGCCGACAUUCUUCAAUUAUAUGGAAUACUCGAACAAAAACAUGCUGAAGAAAUGAAAGCAAAUCAAGAAUCUCAAACAAAAACAAGAAUUAAUCGCUGA